GAAAAGGAGAAAGAGAGAGAACAACACGGGAGCCGGCACGAAGGAAAACGUGCGCAGGUGGCGGCGGGAGGAGAUGACACGGAGGAUGUAGAUGAGCGGGCGAGAUUGCGCGACCGAAGGGAGACGGAAGAGCGCGACGACGACGACGACGACGGCGGCGUCGGCGGCGGCGGCGGCGGCGGCGGUGGUGGCGAUAGGCAGAGAACGCGGUCGGGGGGAAGGCGAACUCUACUCUCGGGGAAUCGAGACUACGUUCGCCUGGCAGGCGGGCGGGCGAGCGAGCGAGCGGCAUAGGCGAGAGACUCGUCGGCGGCAGUGGACGGACGGACGGACGGACGGUGGCAGCGUCGUCGGUGUUAAAAGGCGGGGACGGUCGUCGCUCGAGCGUGACCGCGUGUGUGAGCUUAGCAGCGCGCGGUGGCGGCGCCAAUCCCUCUCUCCUUCUCUCUUUCACCCAGGUCUUUCCUCUGUCUCUCCACGACGUCCCUCUUCUUCCGCUUCGCCUCCCCCUUUCGUGCAUCCACCGCCGGGCGACGUAGAAGAGGAGGAAGGAGGACGACGACGCGUGCCGCUCGACGAGUGAAGAAAAGUUGGGGCCGACGGCGGGCAGUCGUUACUCGAGUUUACCGAGCCGCGACGACGACGAAGACGACGAGAACGGCGACGUGGAGGAGAGGCUAGCGUUCUCGUCAUUCACCCGUUUGCUCGCUCUCGGCCGCUCGCUCGCUCGCGGCACACUUCGAUACUUCGUCACGAGGUCGUCGGGGACGCGCGGGAAGAGACCAACCGCCGUCGGUGCCGAGGGGAAGUUGUAACCGACGAUCACGGAGGAAGCGGCACCGAGGUUGUUGCCUCCGCGUUUUCUUUUCUUUUUUUUUUUCUUUUUUUUUCCCCGGCCGUUUUUCGAGCGCGGACGGUGGUGCGUUUAUGUGCGCGGUCAGGUGACAGAAGGAGAGAAGACGACGAACGCGGGGUGGCUGCUUCUCGCUGCUGCAUCUCCGGCAAGAUCGCACCUACGAGGGGCCGGCUACGUGGUGCUCGCGAACGAAGGGUGCUCGGCGGCGUCGACGGGCGGCGAAGGUGGACGGGCCGCAGGAGGGAAGGAAAGGGAGGAAUAGCAGAUUCUAUUCAAGAUGACGAGCGCUGUAACAAGCAUGGUGCAUAGUUAUAGGGACCUUAUGGACAAUCAGUCCGAUUCCAGGGUGAACGAUUGGGCGAUGAUGAGCAGCCCCUUCCCGACCCUGGCGAUAUGUCUGUCGUACGCUUACUUUAGCAAAGUUCUGGGACCGAAGCUGAUGGAAAACAGAAAGCCUUUCAAUCUUCGACGGGUCCUCAUAAUGUACAACUUCCUACAGACCCUCUUCUCCACAUGGAUAUUCUACGAGUAUCUUAUGAGCGGUUGGUUGAAAGGUUACAGUUUACGAUGCCAACCAGUGGAUUAUUCAUCCAGCUCGAUGGGCCUCAGAAUGGCAAGAACUUGCUGGUGGUACUAUUUUAGCAAAUUUACCGAAUUCUUCGAUACGCUGUUCUUUAUUCUAAGGAAAAAGAACCAACACGUUUCAACGCUUCAUGUAAUUCAUCACGGGGUAAUGCCCUUCUCCGUGUGGAUGGGGGUGAAAUUUGCACCGGGCGGUCACAGCACGUUUUUCGCCCUUCUCAACUCCUUCGUACACAUCGUGAUGUAUUUCUAUUACAUGGUAGCCGCGAUGGGGCCGCAAUUCCAGAAGUACAUCUGGUGGAAGAAGUAUCUUACUACCAUGCAAAUGGUACAAUUCGUGUUGAUCAUGGGCCAUCAGUUCCAAUUACUCUUCACCGAGUGCAACUAUCCGCGAGGUUUCAUGAUCUGGAUCGGCAUGCACGGCGUCCUAUUCCUUGGGUUGUUUUCGGAUUUCUACAAGACGAAGUACACAGGCGGCACGAGGAAAAACUCAGCAAGGAAGAUGCAAAACGGUUCAUCUGGCGGUGCUUGCAUGCCGGUUUUGGACGAUAACGAUAGCGCGACCCACAACGGCGUGUCCUCGUAUGCUACAAUCUACAACAAAGAGUACAAUAGCUGUUACAGCAAUGGCACGAACAACGGUUACGUCGCCAACAAUAACGUCGCGGAGAAAAAACUUGCUUAA